AUGGUAGAUAUUUAUUGUGGAAUUGGCAAGACCCCUAAAAGUCACCGUGUCGGUACAAUGAGGGAAUGCGCCGAAAAAGGUCAAGUAAGGUUAUAUGGAAUAAAUAAAAUUGACCCAAAAACACUUAAACUUGCCAAACAAAAGAACGUUCUUCCUGAAACAAGAGAAAAAUUAAUCUUAAUGAUGUCAUCCCUAAGAGGAGCAGUUAGAAGGAAUAAGGGCAGAUAUGAAACAACAAAAGAUAAGGAACUUAAACCCGAAUACUACAAGAAUUGGCAAAAAGCCCAAAAAGAUCUAGAAACAGUAGUUGCAAAACUAAAAAAAAUUGAGGAAAAAAGGGAUAUUGAAAAAUCAAAAUUAGAACAAAAAUCUAAAUCUAAAACUAAACCUAAACCUAAAACCGAUUCCAAAACCAAAACCGACACCAAAACCAAAACCGAUUCCAAAACCAAACCUAAAGCUGAUCCCAAAUCUAAUCCCAAACCUAAACCUAAGGCUGAUCCUAAAUCUAAACCUAAGGCCGAUUCUAAAUCUAAACCCAAAUCUGAUUCUAAAGCCGAUUCUAAAUCUAAAACCAAAACCAAAACAACAUCGACAUCCAAGUUUAAAGAACCAAAUAAAGGGAAUAAUAAAUCAAAGUAA